UCUUUUCCUUCAAUAAUUAUUUGUUCCAAUUCCUCUCCAUAUUGAUCACUUAAUGGCAGCUUAUAGUGCUGUAGUUUCUCUUCUUCAAACUCUUGAUCAACGAAAUCCAGAACUCUUUCAUGAUCACACUGUACAAACACUCGAUUUUAUUCAUGCUACUGCUGAAUAUUUUCAACAAGUCCUUGAAAAAAUUAGCAAGAAUAGUAGAUUUGACCAUGAAAAGAUCAAAUCUUUGGAGGAAAAAAUUAGAGUUGCUGCUAGUGAUGCAGAAGAUGUUGUUGAACUGAAAAUUCGUCAAAUCAUCAAAGAAUCAAGUUGGACAUUUGGAAUUUUACAACACCAGGAUUUGCUCCCUCUUGUUGAAAAAAUGGAUGCAACAAAGAAACAGGUGACGGAGAUUCUUUCUCAUGAUAAUGAUGCUGAUCAAAUUCUUGAAGUAUCGAGGGAUUCCUUGAUUGACACUCCUUCUACAAGUUAUCCAAUGUUGUCAGAUCAGUCAAAAGAUGAUAUCGUGCACGGACUUGUUGAUGACUUGGAGAUAAUAAUUAAAAGAUUGACAGGACCACCAUCGGAUCUAGACAUUGUCACAAUAACAGGCAUGGGUGGAAUUGGCAAAACAACACUCGCUAGAAAAGCUUAUGAUCAACUUCAAAUCAGGUAUCAUCACUUUGAUAUUCUUGCUUGGGUUACAAUAUCUCAAGAAUUUAGAGGUAGAAAUGUAUUGUUAGAAGCUUUACGUUGCAUAUCAAAGCUAACAGAUUUUAACGCAAAAGAUUAUGAUAAGAUGGAUGACAAUGAGUUAGCUGACCUGGUGCAAAAGAAGCUAAAGGGUCGAAGAUACCUUGUUGUUGUUGAUGAUAUUUGGAGUAGGGAUGUUUGGGAUAGUAUAAGAGGAAUAUUUCCUAAUUACAACAAUGGAAGUCGAAUCUUAUUGACUACUAGGGAAACUGAGGUAGCGAUGUAUGCAAAGACUAGUAGCCCUCAUGAGAUGAACCUCUUGAAUUUAGAUAACAGUUGGAAGUUACUUUGUGAUAAGGUGUUUAGACAAAAACAUGGUCAUCCUCCUGAGUUGGAAGAAGUAGGAAAGGAAAUAGUUGAAAAAUGCCAAGGAUUACCCUUGACAAUCUCAGUGAUUGCGGGACAUCUUUCUAAUAUCCCCACGACAUUAGGAGUUUGGAAGGAUACUGCACGAACCUUAAGUGAAAUUAUUGCUAGUCAUCCAGAUAAAUGCUUAGGAGUGCUCGGUUUGAGUUACCAUCACUUGCCUAAUCGCCUCAAACCUUGCUUUCUUUCUAUGAGUAAUUUCCCAGAGGAUUUUCAGGUUGAGACAUGGAGAUUGAUCCAAUUAUGGAUUGCAGAAGGUUUCAUAGGGACUUUUGGAAGUGAUAAAAGUUUGGAGGAAGUGGCGGUAGAUUAUUUGGAGGAUCUUAUUAGCAGGAACUUGAUACAACCUGGAAAAAGGAGAUUCAAUGGUGAGAUAAAAGCAUGUGGAGUACAUGAUAUACUGCGUGAGUUCUGUUUGAAAGAAGUUGAAAUGACAAAACAUAUGUAUGUUGAGAGAACAUACCCCACUCUUCCAGCACGAAAGCAUAGUGUUCGUCGCUUCAGUUUUCAAACCUUAUCUUGUUCAGUUGAUGACUGUUGUAAGCUAUUGCCCCCUAUAGCCAGAUCGAUCUACUUAUUUUCUCACUGGGAUCCUAUAAUACAUGCAUAUUUCUCUCGUUUCAACCUUCUCAGGGUAUUGGUCAUCUUCCAAAUAGAUAUAGAUCCAAAUGUAGAGUUGUCACCAUUUCCACUUGUGAUUACAAAGUUAUUUCAUUUAAGAUAUCUCCAAUUCCCAUUUCACUUUAAUAUUCCUGAAUCAAUCUCAGAGCUUCAGAAUUUGCAAACUCUAAUUUGUAGUGGUUUUCCUUCCGAUAUAACUUUACCUGUGAAGAUAUGGACGAUGAAAAACUUGAGGUAUAUACGUCUGGGGGGAUCCAAUUAUUUACCCAUUCGUAUAGGAGAAAGUACUCUCAAUUAUCUAGAGGAAUUUUCUGGACUUUGUACCACGAGUUGUACAAAUGAAGUUUUUUCUGGCAUUCCCAAUCUAAAGAGAUUGAUCAUUGAAUCACCUCUUUUCUGUAACAACUACUUGCCCAACGGACUCAUGGAUAUGUCCAGCUUGAGAAAACUCGAAGCAUUCAAGUGUAAUUGCUGGCUACAGUCUUCGCAAAACCCCAUCAAUAGUUCUGUUAUUCCAACAUCACUUAAGGAUUUUGUUUUUCCAACAUCACUUAAGAGGUUGAGUUUAAACGGUUGUAGUAAUUUUAUUUGGGAAGACAUAUCAUCAACUGUUAUGAUGUUACCAAAUCUUGAAGAGCUGAAGCUUAAAUCUUGUCGAGCCGAUGAUGACGUAUGGAUAUUGACUGAUCAAGACGAAUUCAAAAGCUUAAAGUUGUUGUUACUGAGCAGCCUAAAUCUUGACUGUUGGAAAGCAAGCAGUGAUAACUUCCCAAAUCUAAAACGCCUUGUUCUGAAGUAUUGCAACUACCUCCUAAAAAUUCCAACAGAUUUUGGGGAAAUUGCUACUUUGGAAUCAAUUGAGCUACAUGGUUGCCUCCCUAAUGCUGAGGAUUCUGCAAGAGAGAUUGAACAAGAACAAGAGGACAUGGGAAAUAAUUUCCUUAAGGUCUACAUCCGUGAUAGUCGCUGUAAGUACUAAAAAAAGUUCUUCGAUUCUUUCAUCUUUGUUAAAUCUUACUUUGAAAUUAAGUUGAAGACUUCUACUUUUGGAUAAGUAUCUAUGUUUUCACAUUUUGAAUCUGUUUUCCUCUGAUCAAUUAUUAUAAGUGUUUUUCAUCGAUGGGCGGUGCUUUCACACACUGUUCAUCAAAUGAGAACCUCACCAAUCCAUGAAAUUCAUCUUGUUUACGUAGUAUGCAUUUCUGGAUCAUUGUCAAUAGUCAUAAUGCAUAAACAUGCUCUUAAACUUGGUCUGCACUGACAUUUAUGUCCUCCAACUUGCGAUGUGCACAAGUAUAUGCACUUAAACUUGUAU